AUGGUGGUUAUUUGCAAGAUUUUACAUGCUUCUGAUAAGAAUUUUCAAGUAGGAGCCCAGAGUGGUAGCACAGCAGAGAGAGGCGGCCGCAAGAGCGCGCCUGCCACGGGCCGUGUGAAGAAGCCGCACCGCUACCGGCCUAUUUUUGGCACCGUGGCGCUGCGCGAGAGCCGCCGCUCCCAGAAGGCCACCGAGCUGCUCAUCGCAAGGCUGGUGCGCGACAUCCCGCAGGACUUCAGGACCGACCUGGGCUCCCAGGGCUCGGCCGGCUUGGCGCUGCAGGAGGCGUGUGAGGCCUACCUGAUGGGGCUCUUCGAGGACACCAGCCUCUGCGCCAUCCACGCCAAGCGCGUCCCCAUUAUGCCCAAGGACAUCCAGCUGGCGCGCCGCAUCCACAAAAGAGGGCAUAAAAGUCUCCUGCCCCCAUGCCUGGCUGUCUUUACCGAGGCCCUCAGAGGGGGCAAGCUCUUCCCACACAGCUGGGCAUCUGGUUCUCAGGAAUCCUCAAAAGCUCAGGGUCAUGCUCCAGAUGACAUUGGAUUGGGAUUGGACUUGCUGGCAGUUGGAUAUGAAGUUAAUCGUUCUGGUGAGGAAAAUAAAAAAUGA